GCCGCACGCGCGGUGCUCUGUAAGUGGCGGCGGGGCCGGGCCGAUGCUGGCGCUGCGCUGGGGGCUGCGCGCUGCGAGCGGAGGGUUCCGACCGCGGAACGAGCUGGUCGCCAUGGCGAAGAGGCCGAGCGGGGCCGGCGAGGGACCGGAGGAGAACGGGCAGCAGGGCAAGAGACUGAAGGGAACCGCGGAUGAAGGGGAUGCGGAGGAGCAGAGUAAAAGGACGCCCAAAAGGAAGAUUGUGUUGUUGAUGGCGUACUCGGGGAAAGGCUACCACGGCAUGCAGAGAAAUCUGGGCUCUUCGCAGUUCAAGACCAUCGAAGAUGAUUUGGUGUCUGCCCUCGUGCAGUCUGGCUGCAUCCCAGAAAACCAUGGUGAAGACAUGAAGAAGAUGUCGUUCCAGCGCUGUGCUCGGACAGAUAAGGGUGUGUCUGCAGCUGGACAGAUUGUGUCGCUAAAGGUCAGGCUAAUAGAUGACAUCUUAGAAAAGAUCAAUAACCAUCUUCCUUCUCAUAUCAGAAUUCUGGGGCUGAAGAGAGUCACUGGGGGAUUCAACUCCAAGAACAAAUGCGAUGCCAGAACCUACGCCUACAUGCUGCCGACGUUUGCCUUUGCCCAUAAAGACCACGAUGUGCAAGAAGAGGCGUAUCGACUCAGCAGAGAGACCCUUGAGAAGGUCAACAGCCUGCUUGCUUGCUAUAAAGGAACACACAACUUCCACAACUUCACUUCUCAGAAGGGACCCAAGGACCCCAGCGCCAGGAGAUACAUCAUGGAGAUGUACUGCGGGGAGCCCUUCGUGCGGGACAACAUAGAAUUCGCAGUGAUCAAAGUGAAAGGGCAGAGCUUCAUGAUGCACCAGAUAAGGAAAAUGAUCGGACUGGUGAUAGCUAUUGUGAAAGGUUAUGCUCCUGAGUCUGUUAUAGAGCGCAGCUGGGGAGAGGAGAAAGUGGAUGUGCCCAAAGCUCCGGGGCUUGGCCUGGUCUUGGAAAGAGUGCACUUUGAAAAGUACAACAGACGAUUUGGGAACGAUGGGCUGCACGAGCCGCUGGAGUGGAAGGAGGAGGAGGAGAAGAUCGCUGUUUUCAAAGAGCAGUAUAUCUAUCCUACCAUUAUUAACACAGAAAGGGAGGAGAAGUCCAUGAUGAGCUGGCUGAGCACCCUCUCCAUUCAUGACUUCAACUCUUCUGCUGCUGAGAUGGAAGCCAACAAGAAAAAUUCAAAGAGCAGCGAUGUUGAAGGCAGCGAUGGUUGUGGCGGUGAUUCUGACUGAGUCAAUGCGUGGUUGCACCUGGUACCCAUACAGCUCACAGCUCUCUGUCUGCAGAAAAGUGGCCUUCCUAAUCUGAGAGUCCAAUGAAGCAGGGGAUUACGUACUUGCAGAACAAGAAGUUGAUGCCCAGGAGAAAAUGAGCGGGGCAAAAAAAAAUCAACCAAAAAACAGAACAGCAGGAAGAAGAUGAGGGGCUGUGCCACUGACUGAUCCACCUGACUGGGAUACUUGAAAAUAGCCUGAUGAGAAAGCAGCUUUCUAAGGGAUUCUUGUGACACAAGGUGUCUUAAUUGCUAUUUGAAUCAUGUUUUUAUUACGCGUUUACCUGGAAAUAGUAUUUUAAAUCUGUGUAAUCUCUACAUGAAGAUGAGACAAAGCAUUUUAAUACACUUUUUUUGGAUUAUUUUUAUGAAGUUAUGACUCCAUGAACUUUUCUUUCCAUUUUCUUCACCUUUAAUUAGUCUAGUCUCUACUCAUCGUGUUAAGCUUUUAUUUUUUGUC